ACAAAAAUGCACAGGACUUGGGGAAGCGUACGUCUUCACGAUGCGACCAAUGCACUCGCUCGACGACCCGGAAGAACUUAAAUAUGCAGAGCUUCACUUCUAUGCCAAGAACUUCCUGGAGAUUGACAGCCAAGAACAUGAGGAGAUCCCCAUCUCAUUCUACUACAUCAAAGCUUCGGAGUGCCAUCCAAUCGGCGUCCAGAAUUUGAAAAUCCCGAAGAAUGGUUGGCUGGUGACGAAUGUGACGUCAUUGCUCAAUCACGUCUUGAUCGACGCGACAGAGAGGGUGACGAUAGCUAUGUACAUCGGGGAAGGCGUGGUCAGUCACCAGGCCACGCCCUAUCAAGACGGCUCUCAUGAAAAGUUGGUAAAACCGUUUGUGUUCUUGUACACGGAGGACGUCUCUGCGGAAAAAGGAAACGCGCAAUCGAAUUGGCAAAGAUUAGCCGAGAAGUUAGCGAGAAAAGAAAUGGAUUCGCUGCUCCCUGAUCAAGAAGUGAGGCGACGCAGAAGCGCGGAGGCCAAUGACACCAACGAAACAUUCGACGACAACGAUACGCUCUUCAGCAACGAAGUAGUAGACGUCGAGCCGGUCGACAACAAUGAGUACCCCCUGCAUCCUGUCGUGAAAACCUUCCCAGCUACGACGCACACGGCCUUCUCAUUUUUCGCAGAGCAGAACAUGAGGCGCAUCAAGUCGAACAGGAGGCGAGCGCGGAAUCAGCGAAAAAAGGAGAAGAGCAAAAACAUGAUGUUGGACGCGGAGGAGAAGUCACGUGCACGGAAGAAGAAGCUGAACAAGCCACGCCCAAAGCAUCUCGACAUCGGGCCGGUGACGGAAGCUACCGAUGUAUGUGACAGGCACUCGAUGAACGUUGACUUCCAGGCCAUUGGAUGGGAUGAUUACGUCAUCGCACCAGCAAGGUUUCAGGCGUUCUACUGUGCUGGGCAGUGCUCCUUCCCAAUCCAAAAGGAACUUCAUCCGUCAAACCACGCCCUAAUUCAGAGCAUAAUGCACUUGCUGGGGGUCCAAACGGGGGUGCCAACUCCAUGCUGCGUCCCGGACAAGAUGGAACCGUUAAUCCUUCUCUACAUCGAACGGGACUCGACAGUCACGCUAAAGAAAUACAGCGAUAUGAUUGUCGAAUCCUGCGGAUGUCACUGAGCCUGAACAGAUCCUCUAAAUGGCAACGUAAAGACACUUGAACUGUGAAAAAAAACAAUGUGUUGUCAUUUAAAUUCUAUCGGAAAGGAAUAUUUUUAAACACAGUCAUGUCAGAGAAAACUUCCACAGGAUUAUUACAGUUUAUAAUCAAAGUUGACUGUGCUAAGAUUAAGGAAUAUUAAGCUGAAUUAUUGGAGGGGAAAAUUAAAGCAACUGCCUGUAGUCACCUCACCAAUCAUCAAGACUACUUGAAAUUAUUAUCCAACUUAGCUUCACCCUGCUUGCCGGGGAUUGACAUGGUUGAUGAUAUCAAACAUAAGAGCGACCUCUAUCGUCAAAGAUUGUUGAUGGAAUGAUUUGGUUAGCGAGUUGGACUGUUGUACAUGUAUAUCAGCGUAAAGCAAAUCAACUCAAACAUAGACAAACGAGAAAAGAAUCCGUUUCAUACUUCGUCUUAAAUGUUCAUUAAUAUCAAAGUGAUUGCUAUACUCCUGACGUAUCUUGCAAUAAUUCAAGCAAUGUUUUAUCUUUCUCUCAGUGAAUGUGUUAUUCAUGAAAGUGAUGGGGCGGUGAUUGCUUUUCGAGGCAUCAUUAAUUAUUUUCAUUAUAGUCUUCAUCAGUGUCAAGUUGUCAGUCAAAGAAUCAAUAGAUGUCUUUGUUUUGAAUUUGGAACUGCUGAACAAUCAUUGUUUCUAUGGAAACUAAAGUUAAUACCUAUCAAUAGCAUAUGGUGACGUCAACCAAAAAUGAAAAGUUUAGGCACAUAAAGCUAGUGCGUUGAUUUAUUAAUAAUUUUCUGACAGGCGAAUAGAAGGUAUCUCUUUCCAAACAAGACACUAAGCUGCCUGAGAAAUUUGACAAACAUCCCACCCCCGCCCCCCCCCCAAAAAAAAAAAAAAAUAAGAUAAUUAUUUUAAUAAAAAAACAAACAAAAUAUUUCAAUGACAAAUUGGCGCGUCUCUAAAAGAGGGCGCACGCUACACAAUUUUGAACUUAUGGGGACACUUGUCCCCUGAGCUCACCCCCCCCCCCCCCCCUCUCACUCUGGAUCCACGUCUGCUAAGAUUUUCUGCAAUUGACUACAAUCAUUCACAUAAUCAAAAGUACUUGGUUGGCUGGUGUUGCCAUCCGGUGUUGCCGACUUAUGGGGCAAUGCAGGAAAACUUACACUUCAAAAACACCGGUGUUGAUAUAACACCAGCCCGGAAUCUAUAUAUGUCCACACCAGAGAAGUGUUAAACAACACCAGUUUGGUUUUGGUCUAACACCAGAUAGGUGUUCAUACAACACCAAUUAGUAUUAAAACAGCAUCGGUUUGAUUCCAAACCGGUGUUGUUUCAAUACGUCUCUAGUGUGGACAUAUAUAGAUUCCGGGCUCGUGUUAAAUCAACACCUGAGUUUUUGCAGUGUACAAUCGAUUGCAAGUCAAGUUUAGGUAUUACAAUCAAUCACAAAUCUUAAUUAAUUGCAAAUUUGCAAUUGAUUACUGGGCUCCGUCUUACAAAGAAUUACGAUUGAUCUAAUCAAUCUCAACUGUAUGGAAAUCCAUUCCAUGCCAUAAUUUUUUUCUGCAGGAAAUUUGCACAAUCUCCUUAGUAAACAACGAGAAUCACACUGAAUCUUCAAGAGAACAAUGAAUGUAUGAAUAUACAUCAAUUAUCUAGACUAUAUUUUGAAAAAUUGUAUUUUAGAUGUUGACGUUGCUGGCUUUCCAUAGUUGUGGUUAGUCGGAUCAAUCGCAACUCUUUGUAAGACGGGACCCAUCAGGUCUGCUUCUUGCAUUAACAAGUAUAAAUUGAUUUACUUUAGAUAAAACUGAUUUAUCAUUUGUGACUUUUCAACUGAAAUUGAUUGCAAAUAUUUUCUUGCAACAGCCCAUAAAAGUAACAAAGAAGGAAGUUAAUGAAAUUACUGUUCGAAUUUUUAUGAAAUUGAAUGUUUAUGAUCUGAUGAUAAAAGAAAACAAAACUUACGAUACACCUGUAUGAUUACUCAUAUAAUUUUCAUAUCUUGUAUUCAUUACUUUGCACUUUGUCCUAGGUGGUGAUUGGUAUUCAUUCAGUGAGGCUGAAAAGAGGAAAGUAUUAUCCUGAGAAAAAUGGGAGAAGUUUUUAUUUGUAUUUAAUCUGCAUCUGCAAGCUAUUUAACGGAUUUAUGUAUAUUUGUAUUUCAAUAUUAAGAACAUAGAGCAUGUUUAUAAAUAUGUAUUGUUUUAACUCUUACAAUUGAUGUAAUAUAUGUUUGUCACCAUGUAGAUACGCGAAAAGGAGCUUCACCAUUUUUAAUGGAGGCCUUUUUAAUUUGGUAUAUAUUAGACGUAUUUCAACACUCGCAAUUUAUAGCUCCUGAUGUAAAAUUUCCCAGCUAUAGUUUGUCAUUAAACUUGUUUUCCUUUCAAUCAAAUUGCCAAUACUAUGAAAUCAUUUUAUGCAGCAUUUUUAAUUUAAAAAUAUUCAAAUUGUUUGGUUCUACAAAUAGAUCUGUAAUACGAAACUAAUUGUAUUGAUGUUUGUAUAAAGUACUGUAUAAACUUAUUUGGUGUAUAUUAAAUAUCUUAUUUACUCAA